AUGAACCUGAUAGCCAAUGCGGCUCAGGAUGACUGCACGCCUUGUCCCGCUGGCCAGAGCAAAAACGACCCCAGUGCCACUUCAUGCAGUGCCUGUGCAGAUGGUGAGGUUUCAGAAGCAGGUGGUUUUUGCAACCAGUGUUUUCCUGGAACCUUUAUGAACUCCAAUCGCACUGCUUGCGAGGAAUGUCCUGCAGGGAAGGUGGCCAUCAACUGGGGAUCAACGGAAUGUGAAGCCUGCCCAGCUGGAGAGGUGCCCUCGCAGGACCCGUGGGAAUCUUGUUUCAAUUGCUACUGUGAGGCAUGCCCGUCUGGCAGCAUUCCGGGCACAAAUUCAUCCUGUGUGGAGUGUGGUGCAGGCAAGUAUGCUUCCGAUUCGGGUGAUGCAUGUACAAAUUGCCCAGCAGGGACCUACUCCAACACGACUGGCUUGUUCCAUGAGAGCCAGUGUGAGACAUGCCCUGGACAGACCACAGCAGCGGAUGGUGCAACAAGCAUCGACAUGUGCAUUCAACCAGGAGUUGGCCAAUAUUUUCAGUGUGUUCGUGGCAAGGUCUGUGAAAUCUCGGGCUUUGAAGGUGUCGGUUUGGAGUCCACCCACCAGGUAGCUGUUAAGGUGGAGGCCUGUGCCGUGCCGGAGCCAGAGCCACCAGAGCCACCAAUAGGUUACUACGGACCAGGGCCAGGGGGUGGAUACGGACCAGAGGGCUAUGGAUCAGGUACUGGGGAUGACGGAUCGUCGGGCACAGGUACAACUGGUACUGGCGAUUUCGGAACAGGCGACUUCACAGGAGGUUUUGGAUCAGGUACUGGAUCGUUUGGAUCAGGUACUGGAACGGACGAUUCUGGCACAGAUGGAGGAACUGGAACAGGCGCUUUUGGUUAUGGAUCGUCCGGAGAUGACGGUACUGGUAGCAGUGGAGGCCCCAACAAUGCAGACUAUGAUAACAGUUCAAGCGAUGUGAAUGGCACUGGCUCUCCUGGUAAUGGUGGUGGGCCAGAUGAUGGAAACGGCAGCAACCAUACUGGUGGUGGCCACGUGCCAGGUAUUGGUGAUGGAGGUGGCAGCCCACAUCAUGGUGGCAGCGGAGGUCCAGACAACGAAACCGACAGCAACUAUUCAAGCAAUAGCUCUCCCGGUGAUGGUGGUGGGCCACCAGGCGAUGACAACCAUACCGGUCAUGGCCCCGGGCCAGAUCCUGGCGAUGGGCCAGACACUGGGCCUGGCCCUAGCGAUGGGCCGGACACUGGGCCUGGCACCACCACCACCACGACCACCGCCACCACCACCGAUGGCAGUGGGCCAGGCAGUGGACCAGACACUGGCGGUGGUACUGGGCCAGGCACCGGUCCCAGUGGUCCAGACCCUGGCUACGGCGAUGACUAUGAUUACGGAGGCCUUCCGCGCAGGAUGCAAGAGGAAGAGCCGGAGGCAUCACUGGAUACCUCGGCAGUGUCUGGCUUCGGGACUGAUUCGAUUUCGUCCCAGGGCAGCACAAACUAUUCCUGGUCUUCUCAGCUUGACGCGUCGCCUGGGCAGUACGUUCUAUGCUGGUGUGGUGGUGUAGGCGGCGAGACCUGUGACAGCCUAGACAAGUUCGCAACGGAUGUGGGCAUUAUUAAAGUGCUUGGUCCAUAUCCAAAUCAACUAUUUGUCUGUACAAAAGGCCACAUAUGCCUUGAGCCAGGUCCAGUUUUUGGCGUUGGACUGACGGACCAGGACCUCAUUCAGCGUCGCAUGGACUGCACCCUGGAUCAAGCACAGUUUUUUGGCAGCGAGAUGAAGGUCAGGGCAGAGCAGAACAGCACAACUAACGAGACGGUUCUCUACUUCACCUCGCCACAGGCGAUCCACGAUGGAGCUGGAGAAUAUGCUUUGUGCUGGUGUUCGUCCGUGGGAUCGACUUGCAGCAGCAUGAGAGGGACAGUGUCAGUCAAUGUGACCGAUUAUGUCGAAGCCCGCAUAGGGACUCUUGAGCUCCACGGUCCGCCUACUGGCGAAGAAGCUGAGUGCAAUCAGGGCCAGGUAUGUGCCAUUGAGUUGGUGGGGUACACCACAGGGUUGUUGGAAGGUGAUCGAAUUACUGCUCUGGAGCAGUGUGGUUUCGGCGAUUUCAUUGAUGGUCUGCCUUCUCCUGGCUAUGCGGACACCUCGGAGGGCACAUAUUAUGAAUUUGACAGCACAAAUGUGUCGGAUGGCAAUGACCUUUACUUGAUGUCAUCUCCAGGCAUUUUCCGCUUGUGCUGGUGUCGCCCAGCACCUGCCCUGUCUUUGUAUUGCAACAAAGGGGUGGACUUCAACGUGACUGUGGGCUUGUUUCGCUCGGUAGGACCUUAUUCUGGCCAGGAACUUUUUUGUGCCUUCGGAUCUCAAUGUGUCGUGACAGGCUUGCGGGGCAUAAGUCUUUCGUCUGCCAAUUUAUUGUUGCCUUCAGGGAGCUGUGACAAUCAAGUGGGCACCAUCAAUUUCCCACAGCUGCAGCCGGUUGCAAUAUCUUACAAUGAGACGACAGGCGAUGCCUACUAUGAUCUUGGUUUUUUGCCCCUCCAGAACAGCACGCCUGAGCAGCUGUGGGUGUGCUGGUGCGCAGGUGGGCCUGCAUGCGCAAACACAUCCUCUUUUCGUGUGACCGCCCUCGCGCUUUCCGUAGAAUGUCCACCAGGCUGGUAUGAGCUGCAUGGUGCAACGGUAACAUGCCAAGAAUGCCUGCCCGGCUAUUACUGCUCUGGAGGAAACCAAGCACAAAUGCAGAAAUGUCCAGUUGGAAUGACGAGCUUUGCUGCAGCCAGAGGCCUUGAGGAAUGCGUCUGCCGUCGUGGAUAUUUUUGGAACGUGCAGCUGAGCGCUUGCUUUGCUUGUCCAUCUGGGGCCUUUCAGGACGCCACAGGCCGGCUGACAGGGUGUCCAGGAGAGUGCCCUCCUGGGACUACAUCCUCUACGGGUGCAGCUAGUCUUACGGAGUGCUAUUGUGCAGGGAACACACUGGACGUUGACCCUGCUCCGGAAGGUUUUGAAUGUGUGGAUUUGCUACUCUUGGCAAACAACUUCAGCAACAGCACAAAAAGCUUUGCUGCCCGUGAGGCAGCUUUGUUCACCUUCUCAGGCUCACUUCGCGUGCUGGAUGCUUCGUCUAGCGACUUCGUUUCGAGCAUAUUGGAAGCCUUGUCCGAUCGUCUUGAGCUGACUGACAGCACACGUGCCUCCUUCAGCAUUGGGGUUCGGUGGAAUGAAAGCUGGUACAUUGAUUGUCAGGCUUGGAGCCCCGACCCGGAGCUUGCUGAAACUAUGCGAGGCAGAUUUGAGUCAUUGUCUUUUGGCGUAUGGAUAGCCUCGGAGAUGGCGGGCACAACGCUGGCAUCAGCAGUUCCUGACUUUGAGACACCUGUUCAGGCCAUGACCUUGCAGUGUCCAGAAGGUUUGGGGUUGCAAGCAGGUGAGUAUGUCACCGGUAUUGCUGAUUGUCAGUGCCCGCAUGGAAUGCAGCCUGCAGUAACUGGUAGCACAGGCUUGCUUGAUGGUUGCACCAGCUGUCCUGUGGGCACGUACAAAUCUUCGGUUGGCGAUUCCAUAUGCGUGGCAUGCCCAUCUGGGAACAUCCCAUUGACUACUCUCCAGCAAGGUGCCAUUUCAUACGCUGCUUGCACCUGUUCCGCUGGCUUCGUUAACACAGAUCCCGAAGAUCCUGCAGCGUGCGCCUCAUGCGGCGAGGGCUCCUACUGUCCUGGAGGAGGGCUCAAGCUGAGCUGCGAGCAAGCACAGACCACUGCGGAUGACACUGCCAAGAGUCAGUCUGACUGCUUGUGUGAGAAGGGUUUCACUGGCACAGGCGUGGGAGCUUGUGAGGCGUGUGUGCCUGGUAGAUUCAAGGAAGAGGUCGGCAAUUUGCCUUGCAUGGAAUGCCCGGCGGGACAGUUUUCAGAAGAGGGUGCGGAUGAGUGUGACUCCUGUGAUGAGGGGACGUUCUCCACUGCUGGCAUGGGCACUUGCGAGCCUUGCCCAGCAGGGCGCUACUCUGAAGCUGAGGAGGCGACCUCGCUUGCAGCCUGCGUGAUGUGUGAGACGGGCAAGUGGAGUGACGAGGAAGGAGCCUCCAAGCCAAGCACUUGCAUUUCAUGUGUUGACGGGUCAACCACAAGGCAGAGCGGCGCUCAGAACGAGAGCUUCUGUGUUCGUCCAGAUCCAGAUCAGCUGAGGCAGUGUAUAUCUGGCCGUGCUUGCGCUGUUGAUGAGAUUUCAGGAUCGUAUUUUCAAAAUGGACACCGCAUGGGGCUGGCAGUUGCAGACUGCAGUGCUGCAAAAGUGGCAGUUCCGAGCGUUACGAACAGCGGGAUCACAGACCUUGCCAGCAACAGUGGCAAGCGAUAUGUAUUUGGCGACGAGGCUGAAGACUUCGCGCCUUUUGGCGGCUACUACAAUAUGUGCUGGUGUGCAAACAUCGGUGACCUUACUUGCGAAGAUUUGAAUAGCAAUUUUUUGAUUUCUGCUGGCCAGCUUCAUGUCAUUGGCCCAAGCCAGAACUUGUUUGAAUGCGUUCGUGGCCGGGACUGUCUCGGCUUGGAACCGUUUCUUGGGUUCGGCUUAUUGGCAAAUGACUUCAUUGCUGUUCGACGUGACCAAUGCGGACUCGCAGCCGAGAUGCAGCUUUCCGCAGACAAUCAGGACGGCAAAGGCAACUUCACUAGUAAUGGGACUCAUUUGGCUCUUGGCUUCGGGACCUCGCGUUCUGUAGAGGACUACUACCUGUCCGUUGACGCCGAUGAUGGCGGCUAUGCAUUGUGCUGGUGUGCAGGAAGCCGCGGCUUGGUGGAUGCCUGUGGCAACCCUGAGGACUAUCAGGUCUUCGCUGGACGCUUGAGGGUGGUGGGCCCGCGAACGAAUCAAGAGAGCGAGUGCUUCGUAGGCCAAGCAUGUGCGGUCACAGGCAUACGAGGGGUCAGCAUGGCAGCAGGUGAUCGGAUGAUGAUCCUUUCCAACUGCGGAAAAGGCACAGCUUUGCCAGGCUUCCCAGGUAGCGGUAUUAUGGAAACAUCGGACGGCACCAACUUUGCAUUUGCGGGCACAGCCAGCAGUAUCCUCCUCUCAGCGCCGGGGAUUUUUCGCAUGUGCUUCUGCAGACCAUCGCCUGCGGGAGAGGUUUGUUCUGCACCUUCAAGCUUUCAGGCAGCCGUUGGGCUGAUGACGGCUAGUGGUCCCUUUGAGCAGACCACGACUUGUCAACUCGGCAGCGUGUGUACUGUCUUCUUGUCUGGGAUUGGCUUGAUCGCUGGAGACCAGUUACUGUUUGCAGUCGGUGAAUGCGGCAACUCGACUUCCGUCGGGUCCCUUGGCUAUCCCGAUCUGCAAAACCCACUUGCAGUUGAGGAUGGAAGCAGUGGGCUUCAGGUUCUGCUGGGCCAGCUUCCAGCAAAAGCGGUCCCAGGCCUGUACACCGUCUGUUGGUGCCCGCUCAUCGCAGGGUGCACUACGUCUGCUACUUUUCGCGCGCCUGCGGGCUAUCUGCAAGUGAACUGCCCGGCUGGCACCUUCGCCACGGGUCCAGCUGCAGGCAGGUCGCAGGUCUCGAGUGCGGCCUGCGUAUGUGAUCUUGGCUACUAUUUCGUGGCAACGUCCAACAAUUGUGCAGAGUGUGCCAAGGGAUCUUACAAAGACGAAGCAGGCAACGCUGAAGCGUGUGUUCAAUGUGACGCAGGCAACACUACAUUUGACACUGGAGCAGUGGCACGAUCGGCAUGCGUGCCUGAAGUGCAGGAUGCAGGAGGGACUGGUGAGACUAGCUCAGGAGUUCAAACUCCCUUGCAAAACUCUUCAGAAGUUCCUGCUGUGUCCUUCAACAUGUCGUUUGCGAACCUCCCGGCUGAUACAGACCUUCAGAGCCUUCGGAGUCAGCUGAUUGCGAUGUUCCUUGCUACGUUCUCUGCAAGUGCCAGAGUGGAUCCAAAUGCCAUUCAGAUUGAUUUCGUUGGCCUGGGUUUGGGAGGCAGACGCCUUCGACGGCUUUUUGAUGCAUCAAUGAUCGUCAUCACCAUUAAGCAGCGAACGCCGGAUGAGGCUGCAACAGUCGCUGCAGACCUGGAUGCCACUACGGUCACCAACGAAGUGACUGCUGCCAUUCAGCAGAAUCCGACCCUCAGCAGUGCGGGGAUCGAACUGGCGGUUGAGUCGCAGCCGUCGGUGUCCUCCACGACGGUGCAAUGCGCACCACGGAUGUCGGUUCCUCCUGGUGUGCCCGUCCUCAGUGCUGCUGAUUGUCAAUGCAGUCCUGGCUACACUUUCGACACAGCAACGCAGGGCUGCGAGCCUUGUGUCAAGGGCGAGUACAAGGAUGCAAUUUCUAUGGACGCGUGCACGCGCUGUCCAUCGCAGAAAUCUACCCUGGAAGUUGGUGCAACAUCGCCGUCACAAUGCAAGUGUCAAGCUGGACUUUACGCUGAUGGCUCGGGCUGUUCAUCUUGUGAGAUUGGCCUGUAUUGCCCCGGUACUGGAGAAGCGAUUCCCUGCCCGCAAAACUCCACAACAGUGGCUUGGGGCGGAAGAAGCGCGGCAGACUGCAUCUGUUUGCCGGGCUACAAGAAGGGGGCCUCCAGUUGCCAGCCAUGUGACCCCGGGACUUACAAGCCGACUGUGGGUAAUGAUGCGACUUGCGCAUUGGAGUGUCCAGCCAACUCAAACAGUGAUCCGGCUGCAACAUCUCUGGCAGAUUGUUUCUGCAUUCCACGCUUCCAUGCUAUCCUCGACAACCCCAACGACGAGGGAAGCCUUGCGCGCUGCGCUGGCUGCAGCUAUCAGGGUGUUGACUGCCGUGGUGGAUUUGAAAAUGCUACGAACGGCACCAAGCGCCGCCAUGCGCAGCCGGUGGCAUUGCCUCCUGGCCGUGUUUGCUCUACUGGCGUGAAGUGCGGCGAAUGUCCAGAGAGAUGGGCCAGAGAUGAUUAUCCAGAGCUCUGCCGGGAAUGCCCACCCGACUCUUCCGGCACACUGUCCUUUGCCAUCCUCACUGACAUUGGUCAAAAAGUCUUCUUGAAUUUCGUCGUGGCGGCGAUGGCUGCAACCUCUGCUGUAAAGGGCAGUGCCAAGCUUCACACAAGCAUGAUCCGCCUUGGCACGCAGUGGAUGGCCGCUUGCUCUGUCCUGACACAGUUCAACCUGGAAAGAUUACCUGGCUUUGAGUGGUCCCAGCAAGAAGCAGAGAUGGCUGAACUUGCGGCCUGCGCCGCGUCAAAUUCAACCAACUGUGAAGUUGGUGGUGGCCAG